AUGGCUGCAUAUGCGCAGUUUGGAUACAGCGGUUACCCGACGGCAAAUCAGUUGGCGGCAGCUAACACCGACAGCCAGAGCGGCCAUGGCGGAGGAUCACCGCUGUCCGGGACCAAUGAGGCUUCCCUGAGUCCAUCGGGGGGCUCGACCACAACCGGCCUCACCGCCGGGCCCCUCAGUCCAGGUGCUGUCUCCCAGUCGUCCAACAAUGCGAUUCCCAAACUCAUCUCCACCUCUCCGUCGCUGGCCGAUGCAGCGGCUGCGGCGGCGGCGGCGGCUUCGGCAGGCAGUGAUGUGGUGGUGCCAGCUGCGGAACUGCAAGACCGCCGAUCCGAGGGCAUGUCCUGCUGCGAGAAUGGACGACCAAUCAUCACGGAUCCCGUUUCCGGGCAGACCGUCUGCUCCUGCCAGUACGAUCCAGCGCGUCUGGCAAUUGGCGGCUACUCCCGCAUGGCAUUGCCCUCCGGCGGUGUGGGUGUCUAUGGCGGGCCAUAUCCAUCCAACGAACAGAACCCAUAUCCCAGCAUUGGCGUUGACAAUUCGGCCUUCUACGCACCUCUGAGCAAUCCCUAUGGCAUUAAGGAUGCCAAUUCCAGCACCGAAAUGAAUGCCUGGACAUCAGCGGCAGGACUUCAAUCCACAACGGGCUACUAUUCGUACGAUCCCACAUUGGCUGCCUAUGGGUAUGGCCCGAACUAUGAUCUCGCCGCACGCCGCAAGAACGCCACGCGAGAGUCAACAGCAACGCUGAAGGCGUGGCUCAGUGAACACAAGAAGAAUCCCUACCCAACCAAAGGGGAGAAGAUUAUGCUGGCCAUCAUCACGAAGAUGACACUGACCCAGGUGUCGACGUGGUUUGCGAAUGCGCGACGUCGCCUGAAAAAGGAAAACAAAAUGACGUGGGAGCCGAAAAACAAAACCGAAGACGAUGACGAUGGAAUGAUGUCCGAUGAUGAAAAGGACAACAAGGACAAUGCAAUCGAUGGUGGUGGCAAGCUGCCAGCUGAAGUUUUUGAUCCCAGCAAUCAACUUAUCAAAUCCGAACUAGGAAAAGCGGAAAAGGAUCCGGAUGUCGAGCCAAAGAUGGAGCGGGACAGGGACCGGGAGCGAGAGCUCCCUCCCCAGAAUCUAGUGGCAAUGCGUGGCCUCGCACCCUACGCUGCCCCGCCUAUGCAUGCGGCCUACAAUUCCUAUGCACACUCGCAGCAUCAGCAGCAGCAUCUGGAGCAGCAUUUGGAGCAGCAGCAGCAGCAGCAGCAUCCUCAACAGCAGCAGUUGGCGUCACCAUACUAUCAUCAUUCGGGCUAUGGCCAGGAUGAGACCAGCGAAUAUGGGGCUCAAAAAAACCCGCUAAGCAGAGACUGUGGCAUACCAGUGCCGGCGAGCAAGCCGAAAAUCUGGAGUGUGGCCGACACAGCCGCCUGCAAGACGCCACCGCCUACGGCAUACCUCGGCCAGAAUUUCUAUCCCCAAGCGCCAACCGCGGAGCAGCAUCAUCAGCAGCAGCAUCUGCAGCAGCAUCAGCAGCAACUCCACUCUGUGGGCUCCCAGUCCCUGGUUAUGCAGCCGAGCAGCAUGACGAUGGGGGGGCCUCAAGUCGAGCUCGGUUCGCCGCUGAGUAUGAUGAGCAGCUACGCCGGCGCAUCGCCAUAUUCGCGGAUACCUACGGCGUACACCGAGGCCAUGGGCAUGCAUAUCGGACACGGCAAGAUUCCCCAUACCCCCAGCACGCCCAACAUCCAUACGGUGCACCGCGAGCCCUACCAUCCCUCGGGGCCCAACAGCCAGGCGAGAGUGGGUGUGGGGUUUUCCGAGAUCCAGCCGGAUACGCCGCCCCAGACGCCGCCCACUAUGAAGCUGGGGGGCCACCAUCACAUCAGCAGCAGCAGCAUCAGCAGCAGCACCAGCAGCAGCAACAGCAGCAGCAGCAGCAGCAGCAGCAGCACCAUAGUGUGUGUGUGUUUGUCAUGCCGUUUGGGUUUGAGUCAUUAUCAACGGUUCUCCGUUGCGAGUUUAAUGACUCGAAAUAAACGCACAGCACACCACAGGAAUGAAAGCUCCCCCCAACUGCCUGGCGAACUCAUUCAUCUUUUCAGUGUGGUGGCAGGCAGCAUCACAACACAACUCAAUACAACUCCGAACUACGACUACUACAUUGCCGUGUUAUAAAUCACUCGAACUUUUUGUCUUACAAAUAACUUGCUCCUUCCUUCCUUCCUACCUUAAGUGCUUAAUCCACAAUACUUGAUAACUCUAAACGGCAGCUACCUAAGCCUAAGCCUAAAGUCUAAGCUCUCUAUUGUAAACGUUCAAGUUGUAUAAGUCCUAUAAAGCGGCAACGAUAUGCUUGAGGCAUAAGAUUCAAACUAUAUCAAAUCCUAUACAUUUAUGUACAUAAGUAUGUAUGUGCGAGCAUUAAAUUGAACUCUUUUGAAGAUAUAUUUACACGUAAUAGUCGGCCAAAUACAUAAACGUGCAAACAUGAAUUAGUAAUUUAUAAUUAAUGAAUGAUAUCUUUAGUCGUAUAAUUCAAUUGUAGACAAAAUGGAGUAUCUGUGAUAUAUGCAUAUAAAUACAUAUAUAAACGAUCAGCAGCGGUAUUACCUAUACAAACACACAUAGUUAAUUCACAUUAAUUCUUUAUUACUAAGCAGCACCCAUAUUCGAAGUCAUUUUUAAACCCCCUAGACCCUAGACAGUAUGUGUGUAAAUAA